AUGACUACAUCGUCGACCACCAUGGACUCCAAGGACAGGUCCGUCCACAGUGAUGGCGGCGCCUACAAGGCCACGAGGGGCGGAAAUGCCAACGACCAGAGAGACAUGGCGAGGAUGGGGAAGACUCAAGUACUGCAGAGGAAUUUCAAGCUGGUCACGAUGUUCGGCUUCAGUGCUAUCUUGAUGUGCUCGUGGGAGUCUCAGCUGAGCAGCUUGAGCAUUGCGCUUCAAAAUGGUGGGACCGCGGGACUCAUCUGGACGUGGCUGAUAUCAUGGAUGGGCUUCACUGCGGUAUAUGCCUCCAUGGCAGAAAUGGGAUCGAUGGCGCCGACUACAGGUGGCCAAUAUCAUUGGGUUAGCGAGUUCUCACCGAGAAAGUAUCAAAAGGUUCUGAGUUACUUUGUUGGAUGGCUUGGAGUGCUCGGAUGGCAGGCUCUUCAAGCAUCAAUUGCAUUCCAGGCCGGCACUAUCAUUCAAGGACUUCUGGUGUUGAACUAUCCUUCCUACGUUUACGAGCGGUGGCACGGAACACUGCUCGUCAUCGCGGUCCUGGUCUGCGGUGCUCUAUUCAAUAUCUUCCUGGCUACGCGACUGCAUCUGGUCGAAGGUACUAUCUUGGUCGUCCACGUCUACGGCAUUUUCUGCAUUCUGGCUCCUCUUUGGAUUCUCUCACCGCGCUCCUCCUCCGAGUAUGCCUGGCAAGCAUUUCAGGACCCUGGUUGGCAUAGCGCUGGACUGUCUGCUUUGAUUGGUAUGCAGGCCAGUGUGGUGCCCCUACUUGGAGCAGACGCAUCAGUACACAUGUCGGAAGAACUCAAGGAUGCAGCGUAUACACUGCCACGGUCUAUGAUGUGGGCAACUUCCCUUAACGGUGCACUGGGAUGGGUCACAGCCAUUACUGUUGCAUACUGCAUAGGCGAUCUUGAGUCUGUGGUCAACACGCCCACGAACUAUCCCUUCAUACAGAUCUUCUACAACACAACCGGUUCAAGACCUGCAACGAAUGCCAUGGCAGCGAUCAUUAUCCUCAUGGACGCUGCAAGUGCCAUCUCAAUUCAGGCCUCUGCAUCACGCCAGAUCUUUGCCUUUGCGCGAGAUGAUGGUACACCGUUUGCUGCCUGGCUAUCAAGAGUCAGCCCACGUUUGGACGUACCUCUGAAUGCCGUGAUCUGCUCCACAACAAUCGCGUGCCUUCUUUCGCUAAUCAACAUCGGAAGUACGGUCGCCUUCAACAGCUUAAUUUCCCUUACCAACGGAACGCUCAUGGUGUCUUACGGCAUGUGCAUUGGUUGUUUUGUAUGGCGGCGACUCUCAAAACAGCCAAUGCUACCUUCGCAGUUUCAGCUCGGCCGAUAUGGAUUGCUAGUCAAUCUGCUAGCAAUGAGCUUUUUGUCGGUGGUCUUUGUCAUGGCCUUCUUCCCGCCAACACCGCUACCAGCAUUGACCGUAAUGUCUAUGAACUGGUCUUCACUGGUAUUCACUGUUGUCGCAGUAUGGGGCAUUGUGUUCUACCUCGUAUGGGCGCGUUUCAGAUACUCUGGGCCCGUAGAGUACGUGCGAAAACUGGACUAA